UAAUCAUGUCUUGCUUAUAUUAUUACGCAUAUAAUAUACUGUUGAGUGUUGUGCGAGUGGAUCAAAUUAUUAGUAUAUUUUAAUUAUGCAUUUAUUUACGUUGAGUGAAUGGAAAUGAUGCUUCAACUUUCAAGUUCAUUCAUUCAUGAAUAAACAGAAUCAUUGAACGUGGCACCUUUUUGUAAACCGUGAACGAACAUGGCAGGUUGGGCCGGUUUCUCUGAAGAGGACGUGUUAAAGAUAAAGCAGAGCAUUGAACCUCACUCAUUGACAGCACCUGGGGCACAGGUCUCUCCAAUGCAGUUACAAGUUGGAAUGCCACCAGGAGCACAGGUGAAUUCUGCAAUGGUUGGACAUCAUCAGCAGGGUGGAAAGCAGCAGGUGCGUUUCACCCAACAGCAAGGCACAAGAAGAAAGCCAAUGGGUAAGGAGAAAGCAUUUAAACAGCAAAAGUCCAAUGGUGCCUCUGCAAACAUUGAAAUCGAUCCCAAUCAGUCACUUUCUAAAUCAGCUGAGAAACAUUGUACAGUUAAACCAGAUGACAGUAGAAAGCCCAAGCAAGUUGAGUGUGGGAAAGAACGGGUUGAAUCGACAAGCAAGAGUAGUUCAACGAUCUCGGAAAAUAAAGGUCAAACGGCAGAACUCGUGCAAGAAAAUGCCAGAAUCCCAGAUGGUAUUGAAGAGCUGGAUGAAGAGGAAGGAAUCAAUCGGGAGAUAUCGAACCUGGAGAAAUUUCAGCAGCAGCAAAAAUUGAUUGAAGCUCAGAAUGCGAAGCGACGGCAGAUGUUAACUCAAGCCAUAUCAGAAAGGAAAAAGCGAACUCAUGCAGAGCAGCAGAAGCUGCUUGAGAUUCAGAAGGACCUUGGUCAUCUGGACACUCUUCUCACCGUUGAUGUGUCUUUGCUGCGAGACAAGAUAGAAGACGCGAGUCGCGAGUAUUCCGACGCGCAGAAGCGAUACGACAAAGCUGAGAAAGAGUUCAUCGAAGCAAAGCUCGAGUUACACAAGCGCUCGGAGCACAAGGAGCAACUUACUGAGCAUCUCUAUGCAAUAAUACAGGCAAAUGAGCUACGCAAGGCAACCAAGCUGAGUGAGCUUAUGGAAAAACUCAACAUGGACAUUGAGGUAGAGAGUGAGAUUCAGAGUCUCAUACCUCCCAUUCCUACCAGCCCUCCGGCUAUGUCACCAAGUGUAAUGACAACGCGAAAUGGAGUUCACACACCGGCUGAUGCAAAAACUACUCGGCACGUUGCACCAUUAAUAUCCUCGGCGACACCUAGUGUUCAGUGUCCACAGUUCUAUAAGAAAACAAUGGCCUGUUAUCCAGUAGAAAGAAAUGUAGCCGUCUGUGAUUCAGCUGUAACAAGCGAACAGCUGGUGAAACCCAGCACCGCAGAGGAAAACCAUGGCAGUGUGAACGAGGCUGCUGCAUACAUUGUCGAUGACACUUCAAAGGCUGAAGAUAAAGUGACAAUUGCGGCCGAUUGUAGUACAGAAAAGAGCGAGCCGUCAAAAGCAGAAGGUGACGAUGGGCAGGUUGACACACAUCUGAAUAAUAGUGCUUCCAUGUUGCCUGCCAACCCACUCCUUAAGCCAGAACACGAAGUACAAGAGGCAACACUGACAAAUGACGAGGAAUCUCAUCCAAAGGAACAGGUUUCUUCUGAUGUGGCGCCACCUGGUGCCAGUCAUGGUAAUGAACUCGUUCUUAAAGUUAGCGCUUGUCCUGCUCCAAUGGAAUCACAGCCUUUGUUAAAUUCAUCUAAUGGAAACAAAGCAGAAUUGGGAGAGGAUAAAAUUCUUAAAAAAGGCAAGUCUAAACCCUACCUGGAAGCAUUCCAGGGACUAUAGGCUAUCUGCCCAUGGCAUCUUCUCUACAGAAAAAUAGGGAGAGGAUACAGCCAUUGAAAUAUGCAAACUACUCAACUUCUGGGAAUCUAUGAAUCUGGAUUUGAUGCACGAAUAUUACCAUUAUGAUGUGCUUAUCACAAGUAGUUAGAAUCAAUAAGUGCCUUUAAUCUCGUAUUUUAUCCACGAUUAUUAAUGCUAUCCAUCUUCAGAAAGUAAAAUGGUGUUUAGCCAUUGUAUAUAUUACUGUACUGUGUAGUCUGCUCUGUAUAUUUUGCAGGCUGUUGUAGAAAUUUGCUGCAAGGAAUUUAUUUUGGCAGUGACGAUUGUGAGGAAAUAUUGUGUUGAAUGCCACGCUUCUUCUCAAAGAAAUUAAAAUUAAAAUGAAUUUCUACAAAUUUAAAUCACCUGUGAAAUCAUUUUAAAAAGGGGUUUAUAAUCCACCCUUACCACAAACAUAUCUCGAUAUAUUAUUCUAAUUUUUAUCCUAGGAAGAUUACUUAUUACAAGUAUGUCGUCGUACAUUGUGCUCCAAAGGAUCAUACCAGCAUUCAAGGGCACUCGUGUUUAAUGUGCACUUUAGUAAAUUAUGUGUAAUGAAAUUUCAAGUAUAGGAAAUGUUGAAAAUCAUUUAUUUAGGCAGUAUUUAAUUUAGGCAUGGUUGGCUUACUUUAAAAUGUAAAUUAUGUCGUGUCGUUUCGAGCUGCCAGCUAAAACUGUGUGAAAUAUAGUACAGUAAUACCCCUUGUUAUGACAGCUUUGGCCACCCCGAUGAGGUACACGUUGCUGAGCAAUUUUAGAUAAUGUUUUGGCUGCCAGGUUAGAUCCUGAAACAGCCAAAGCCAAUCCAUGAUAUUGGUAAUAAAAGCUAGACGGACUAAUAAGAGUGGAGCUCCCAUUCUCAGAGCAACUGCAAUUCUAAGUUCCCAUACUUUACGAGUGCAUGUUUUCCAUUAUUAUGAUACUGUGUUACAUUGUUUUUACUUGCGUUCGUAAUUGUCCUCGUAGUAAAUCUUGUAACCCAAAGAUUUUCUGUAGGUAUCUCCAAUUAUAGCAUGGAAGUCGACGGGAAAGCAUGAUUCGCAUUACGUAUUUAUACAUAAUGGGGGGGGGGGUGUUACUUUAUUUAACAUAUAAACUCUGGUUGUGAUACGUUUAGGAUGUUAAAAAUGAACAUUCUUGCGGCUCAGUGUAUAUUUUAUAAUCACAAUGAACGUGGUACUCUGUGUAAAUUGGAAGCAGUUAUUAUGGGCUACGUUUAAUAAAUUGUUAUUUGAAUCUUAGUGUUAGUGCAGUUACAACAAUAUAAUUAUAUUGACUUUGAUAUUAUGAAUGUAAAUGUUUUUUCAUACCUUUUUAUAAUUUUAUCGCACUGUUUUGAAUAUAUAGAGUUGUUAUGACGCAUUGCAGGGUGAUAGCAAUUUAAUAUGCAUUUCUAUAGCAAUAAAAAUUUAUUGUUGAAGAGAUAAA